UUGAUUUAAUGAUGCCGACCUCGGUAUUCUUAUAAAUACAUACACUUAUAACCCUCGAAGAAAGCAUCCCAAUUACAAAAUCACAAAUUGCUCAAAAUCAAAAGCACGUACGAAGAAGAGAAAAGAUGUCGCUGUCUUUUUCACAAACGAAGUUACUGGUAAUCCUUGUGGCCUUUGCAUGCGUCUUCUCAUCAGGCUCAGAGGCAUGGAGCUGGAGUUGGAGCUCCGGUUCAGGCUCAGGCUCGGGUUGGGAAUCCCACGGCUCAGGCGGAUCAGCCUCAGGUUCGGGUACAAACCCUGAUGGUUCGCACUGGAGUUGGAAGUGGGACACACGGUCAGGCUGGAGAUGGAGGUCAGACUCAAACCGUACGAAGCCAGGCUCAUCGAACCAUAACGUUACGAAGCCUGAAGGCUCAUCAAAUCAUAACGUUACGAAGCCAGGCUCAUCGAACCAUAACGUUACGAAGCCUGAAGGCUCAUCAAAUCAUAACGUUACUAAGCCAGGCUCAUCGAACCAUAACGCUACGAAGCCAGGCUCAUCGAACCACAACCAUAAUGUUACAAUGCCAGGCUCAUCGCACCAUAACCAUAAUGAAACGAAGCCACGCUCAUCAAAACAUAACGAUUCGAGGUCAGGCUCAGACGAUAACGAUUCAAGAAACCCGGUCUUUGCAACACCAAGAGAGGUCGUAGUGGGAGGAUCACGUGGAUGGAACUACGGGGUGGAUCUUGAAGAAUGGGCUUCCAAGACUACUUUCUAUGUCGGCGAUGUUCUUGUUUUCGAGUACAACAAUAUGACAAACCGAAGACAUGACGUGUACUUGCAAACAAAUCUGUGGAGUUACAGGACCUGCAACUUCGAAAGUAGAAAUAAGAUUGCUUCAUCGGAGGAGAAUGAAUCUAAAGAGAGCUUCAAAUUUACUCUUGCAAUGUCACAGCCUUACUCUUUUGCAUGCGGAGAGGAUAACGGCUAUUAUUGCCGUACCUAUAACAUGAAGUUCAGCGUUCUCCCAGGCGCCUGAGUCCUCUCGUCUAUCCAACUCAACCCUUUUGCCUCUUUUGCCUCUCUUUUUUUCUUAAUGCAAUAUUAUUAUUAGAGUUGCUAUUUUUUUAUUAGUUAAGGUUUUCUUAUUACAUAAAGAUUUUGAAGAGUUAAUAACUAGAUGAUCAGAUCGACGUCUAGAUCGGGGAUGAUCAGAUCGACGUCAAGUCUUGCUGUUGCAUUUUUGUUAUAGUCUUUGAUAGUUAGCAUAUAUAAUCCAUGGAUUGAUCAUUUGCAUCUGUAAGGGACUUACUAUUGUAUCUGUUCAAAAAUGGUUAGGCAGGGAAUUUAUUGGUAAUAUUUGUCAUUCGCAAGUGACGUUUGCUUGGUUGUCAAGUCAUCUAAGCUGUGAGCCAGGCGGACGAAGGAAAUUGAUAAAGUAUUUAAGCCGUGGACAAAGUAUUGCUUGAUCCCUUCAAAUGUUGAAAGCUUGAAACUUAUAUUACAUAUACGUAAUUGGCGCUUAUAUUUGGUAAUUUAAAUGUUUAUUUUUAUAUUUGAUUGGUGUAUUUGUGUUUUUAUUUGUACACUAAAAAGCUUAUAGAAGAUAUUUUGGUUUAUUUGGUAUUUUUUUGUGUAGAUUGUAAUGAAUAUAUAAUUUUAGUGUUUUUGUUUUUUUGAUUUAGGUUGUGUUUAAAUUUAUAAUAAAUAUUUUUGGAAAAAUUUUACUUCUACACUUUCUUUGGUACCACAUUUCAAUUAUACCACUAGUAUGGGCCUUCUUUUUUGUAUAUUUUUCCUGCACUGGAUGUAGUUUUCGGGUAAAAUGUUUUAGGAUUUUGGAAGUCUCUCUUGUUGUUUUUAUAUGUUUUAUGAAACAUAAAAUGUAAAAACUUGCAAGUGCUUUUCAUAAUUGAAACGGGUAGAGAAAUUGAAAGUAAGAAAGAGAGAUUUUUAUUAAAACUAUAUCAGAAAUUUAAGAAAUAAAACAGAAAUGAUAGAAGUAGAUAGUCUUCACUCAUAUAAGCACCCAUCAAAUGAGAAUUACUUUAAUAGGUUCCUAUGAAGAUGUUGUUGUCGUCUUUUCAUGGGCGGAACUCAUAUCCCAACCUGUUUCCUGCAAUCAGCAUCCUAGACAUUGUUUAAAAUAGGUAUAGCUAGUGACAAUUGUUAUCACAAGAGAGGCAUGUGAAGGAUGAGACUUCUUUCACGAGCUUCUUAGCACAGCUAGCGCAGCCAAUAUAACACCAUCCUUUUUCAGACUGGAUACCAGUUACUUUGGCAGUACAGAGAAACUCGAUCACCUACAAUCAGCAAGUUGAGUUAAACAAUAAAGUGUGACUUUUGGCAGAUUGAUUGAAUAUAUUUCGUUCUAUUACCUGAGGGUCAGCUGAGAGGACAUAUUGGUUAAGCUCAGAGACAGUGAGGGUUCUAUCUUCUGAGCAUGAAUCAGCUUUGAUGAAGAGGAUGUUUGAUUUGAGCCAUCUCCAAACAACCUUAACAGAUGGUUAUGUUGGGUGAGGAAAAAACUAAAUCGAAAAGUAUCUAUAAUAUUCAUAGGAGAGUUACUUACUGUGUAUAACGUUCUUUGCCUGCAUCUGUCUCAGAGUCAAAGUAGUUGUGGGUCCCAGAAGUUCCAUUGAGGAAUAAUCGACCUGUGUAGAGGAAAUCCGAAAUCUAAUUCAAAUGCUAGAUCGUUUCUCAGAGAACAAAAUAGACACUUUGCAAGCCAGAGCAUUUAAAAGAAUAGAUUGAGUUAAUAUUUCUCUUUGCCUUGCUAUAAAUUAAUAUUACACUAAAAACAACAUUUUUGGAUUAAUCUGAUAAAUAAAGCCAUCACAGCAGCAUGUUACAACAUUUUCAACUAACUGUUAAUUUUUUUAUUCUAAAUAGUAUAAUAGACAAAUGAAUAUUCCAAUCCACUUCUAUUUAUUUUAUGAAAUAGUGAUUGCCAUUUUCAUCUAUAUUCAGAGAUAUAAAUAACAUUGAUCUACAAUAAAAGCAUGUUAAAAAAAUAUUCCCUUAAACUUUCUUUUUUAUUGCUAUGACUAAAAAUAAAUAUUUUUAGAGAAUUACUAUUAUUUUUAUAAGUACAAUCAUAUUUUCAUUUACAUAAUAUUUUUGAAUGAUGGCAGUAGAGUAAAGUCAAUUCAAUAUAACUCACCUCCAAACAACCUUGGGGUUGAUGCUAGUGAUCAAGACAACUUUUGGUUCACCCCCGUAGCUUGUCAUCUUCUCAGCAAAUGCAAAACCUAAACCGUCGAACAGACUAACACAUACAUUCACGUUCCUGUUUUCAUUCAAUGGUAAGAUUAUUCAUUAAGUUUACGUUAAGAAAUACAGUCAAAAACGUUAAUCUACAAGUUUUUUUUUAACCUAAGAUAUAGCCAUUGCCGAAUAUAUACAAAAAUUGGUUAGUAUAGUACUAAAAAUCAGGAUAUUAAGCAGAAAGAACAUUGUUAAUAAUAAUAUAAGGAAAACACCAUAAAUACCAAUAUAUCAAGUGUUAAAAUCAGUUUUAGCUGGAUAUAUCCUAAGAAUACAAUUUCUGAGUGUGAAACUUGGCAUACUGCUAGUAAGCAACCGGCGGAAAACUGCAAGGGAAUAUCACUAAAUAACAACCAGAAUUCUACAAGAAAAAACUAAAACCCUCUAUUCUUUGAUGAUGCAUUUCUACAUUUUGGGAAAAUGUUCUCUUUUUCACUAUCGGUUUGACGUUCCUAUUUUCUUUCCAUAUUUAUAAUAUACGUUGAUGUUUUUUUGAAACGCUUUGUUUUGUUGAUAUACGUUCCUGUUUUUAUUUACUUUUUAUUUAUUUUGUUUUUAUUUGGAUUUUGUGUGUUUUAAUGUUUUUUGGUAAGUUAAUUCAUGUUUAUGGUUCAAAAAUACAAAGUAGAUUAAGAGAGACCAAAAGUUCACAUUCUUACUUUACUUUAUUAUGUGGAAUAUUUGAUAUGUAAUUAUGAUCUUAUGGUCUCAUAGUUUUAUAGCUUUCUUAAAAAGACGUAAGUCGAAAUAAAAAUUGAAGAGAACUAAAAUGAUUAAGAAUAUAAAGAAUAAGUUAUCAUGAUGUUUAAAUCAUAAUACAUAUAUUACUAAUUAUUAGUAAAACGAUCAUGCCCGCAUGUGCGGGCAAAACACCUAGUUUAAUAAUUAUAUCUAAAAUCUCUAUCGUUUAACAAUAUAUAUAUUAUUACAUUUAAUUACUUAAAAUAUACGUAUCAUAUAGCAUAUCACGUAAGAAAAAACAAGAAAAAAAAGUUUGAAGAAACAUGAGAUCCUUGUUGGAAAAGGAUUUUGUUUUCUCCGAUAUAUAUUAGGAAUUGGUUUAAUGAUGCCGACCUCGGUAUUCUUAUAAAUACAUACACUUAUAACCCUCGAAGAAAGCAUCCCAAUUACAAAAUCACAAAUUUCUCAAAAUCAAAAGCACGUACGAAGAAGAGAAAAGAUGUCGCUGUCUUUUUCACAAACGAAGUUACUGGUAAUCCUUGUGGCCUUUGCAUGAGUCUUCUCAUCAGGCUCAGAGGCAUGGAGCUGGAGUUGGAGCUCCGGUUCAGGCUCAGGCUCGGGUUGGGAAUCCCACGGCUCAGGCGGAUCAGCCUCAGGUUCGGGUACAAACCCUGAUGGUUCGCACUGGAGUUGGAAGUGGGACACACGGUCAGGCUGGAGAUGGAGGUCAGACUCACACCAUCCGAAGCCAGGCUCAUCGAACCAUAACGUUACGAAGCCUGAAGGCUCAUCGAACCAUAACGUUACGAAGCCUGAAGGCUCAUCAAAUCAUAACGUUACGAAGCCAGGCUCAUCGAACCAUAACGUUACGAAGCCUGAAGGCUCAUCAAAUCAUAACGUUACUAAGCCAGGCUCAUCGAACCAUAACGUUACGAAGCCAGGCUCAUCGCACCAUAACCAUAAUGAAACGAAGCCAGGCUCAUCAAAACAUAACGAUUCGAGGUCAGGCUCAGACGAUAACGAUUCAAGGAACCCGGUCUUUGCAACACCAAGAGAGGUCGUAGUGGGAGGAUCACGUGGAUGGAACUACGGGGUGGAUCUUGAAGAAUGGGCUUCCAAGACUACUUUCCAUGUCGGCGAUGUUCUUGUUUUCGAGUACAACAAUAUGACAAACCGAAGACAUGACGUGUACUUGCAAACAAAUCUGUGGAGUUACAGGACCUGCAACUUCGAAAGUAGAAAUAAGAUUGCUUCAUCGGAGGAGAAUGGAUCUAAAGAGAGCUUCAAAUUUACUCUUGCAAUGUCACAGCCUUACUCUUUUGCAUGCGGAGAGGAUAACGGCUAUUAUUGCCGUACCUAUAACAUGAAGUUCAGCGUUCUCCCAGGCGCCUGAGUCCUCUCGUCUAUCCGACUCAACCCUUUUGCCUCUUUUGCCUCUCUUUUUUUCUUAAUGCAUUAUUAUUAUUAGAGUUGCUAUUUUUUUAUUAGUUAAGGUUUUCUAAUUACAUAAAGAUUUUGAAGAGUUAAUAACUAGAUGACUUUCCACCUGGUAGUAUCAUUAAAAUAUCACAUUUCUUGAUUAAAAAACUCAACAAUAUAAGAUUAAUUUCAAGACAUUUUGAAAUAUAUGUGAUGAUCGGUUGGGAUUCAACUUUAUACUUAAGCUUUAUUUAUUUUAAAUGACUAAUCUUAACCAAAUGAUGUAGUUUUAUUUUCAAAGUUAAAGCCAAGCUACAUCAUUUACAACUUUUUUUGUUCAUUUUUUUUUCUUUUCCAAACAUGCAAUAUUACUCACCUCCAACAACCUUGGGGUUGAUGCUAGUGAUCAAGACAACUUUUGGUUCACUCCCGUAGCUUGUAAUCAUCUCAGCAAAUGCGAAAGCUAAACCGUCAAACAGGCUAACACAUACAUUCACGUUCCUGUUUUCAUUCAAUUGUAAAAUUAUUCAUUCAGUUUACGUUAAGAAAUACAAUCAAAAAGGUUAAUCUACAGGUUUUUUAAAAUGUAAUAUAUAGCCAUUGCUGAAUAUAUACAAUUGGUUAGUAUAGUACUAAAAAUCAGGAUAUUAAGCAGAAAGAACAUUAUUUAUAAUAAUUUAAAGAAAACACCAUAAAAAUCUCAAUAUAUGAGCACUUAAGGCCGUAUCCUAGAAAGUAAAAAAACCCCAUAAGAUGUGAUGCUUUAUAUGGCAACUUUUGUCUGGUUAACGAUGAUAACUAAUCGAAAUCAAAAAGCGAUCAGAUGAGAUGUGACAACCAUUUUCUAUAGUAUGGAAAGGGAGAAGGGAAGGAAUCAGUAAAUUUGUUAUAUUAAACACCUCCCAUAAGCUUCAUACUGACAACAUUGUGAUCAGAGUAGAAAGUCAUCUAAAGGUCUUAUAUCUUUUGAUAAUUUGAUUCAUAUAGAAGGCACAAAAUGAAUACUUAUUCAAGUGUUAAAAUCAGUUUUAGCUGGAUAUAUCCUAAGAAUACAAUUUCUGAGUGUGAAGCUUGGCAUACGGCUAGUAAGCAACCGGCAGAAAACUGCAAGGGAAUAUCACUAAAUAACUACCAGAAUUCUACAAGGAGAAACUAAAACCCUCUAUUCUUUGAUGAUGUUUUUCUACAUUUUGGGAAAAUGUUCUCUUUUGUCACUAUCGGUUUGAUUUUCCUAUUUUCUUUCCAUAUUUAUAAUAUACGUUGAUAUUUUUUUAAAACGCUUUGUUUUGUUGAUAAUGAUUUGCAAUCCAUUACAUCAUCAAAGAAAUAAUACCACAAGAUAAAAUGAGAUACUAAUCGUCUUUCUGCAUCGGAAACUAGCAAGGAUAAACAUUAGUGCUGACACAUUAGCAAUACUAAACCGGUUUUAUUUUGAAAUAAGAUAAAUUAGAUGUUCUCGUUCCAGCAGUAGCAGCCGGACUUCUAAUAUAUUUAACAAAAUCAAUACAAAAAAUUUCAUAGUGUAGAUAAGUCUUUCAAUUGCCUUUAUCAAGUUUGUUCCAAUUGCCUUUUGUUAAGCUACCAUUGAAUAAAUUUGAAAUGCAAAGUACAAUAAGCGAUCUGAAAAUAUGGACGUAGGUGGAGACCGAUGCAAGCUUCUCUUUUAAAUCCUGAGAUUUGAGUCUUUAUUCCAGGAACUCAUUUUCUUUAGGGGAGGAGACAAGAUUCCAUACACCAAGCAAGAAAUCACACAACCACACAAAAUAACAAAGCCUCACACCGCCAUAGUCACAAAACAACACCUCUAAAAUAGAGGGCGCACUUACUAAUGUUGAAUCCCAACAUCACUUGAUACAAGGCAUAAUCCUUCACCGGAAAGUCACACCAAAACGACAACACAAAGAAACAAACACCAAACACAAAAAAAUCAACUUAAAAAGACAAGAAGGAUGAGACCCUAUUACAGCACCAGUGUGGAAAGCCGGACUGGAGAGGGCCUCAGAUCUGAAAAAACGAAAAAAGUGUUUUAACGGCCGAGAGAAAUAUCGCCUAAUAAUUAUGUUGAUCAUAAUUCAAAUAAAACAAAUUAUUGUUUCCAGAUAAAAUCUGAACGAAUUUAACAUUGCAUGUGCAUUCCACGUUUGAGGGGAACCGAUCCUUGACUUAUACUUAGAUGUAUAUGUUACUUCACCAAAUGCAUAUUAUAAAUAUUUACAAUCACAUCGAGCAUUUCGAGUACUGUAUAUUUGGAGUUAGUCUUUGACCAAUAUAAUUGUGUUAUAACUUAAUAUAUGAAAUCUAUACUAUUAUUUAUGAAGUGG